UCCGCAGCUGGCCGCCAGGCGAGCGACUGCCUUGACGUCGCUUGUCGUCCGCCCACACCGCAACGUUUGACAUUUCAGACGCAACGCGCGACAACAUUACAACCUCAAACCUCCUUACAUGGAAUUGCUUCAGUGUCACUUUGGAGCUGCUGAACACUGAACGAAUUAUUAUAAAAGACUAUUAUGAAAAUAUAUUUAUGACUUUACUGCUAUUAACUGAACACUUUUGGUGUAAUUAAAAUUAAUUGCACUGACGUUUUUUUAAGACUUAUGGAUUGAUUAAAUAAAAGAAAAAAAUUGUGAAGUGCUGGCUUGAAAAUGUAUAAGUGUAGUAUCAUUUCUAGUGAUCGUGUAAGUGACUGAAAAAGACCCGAAACUUGCUCACAAGUUUACGGCUCGUUAGUUCGGAGGAAAUCCGGAGAAGGAGAUCUUCGCCUGCUUCCGCUCAUCGGUGAUAAAUUUCACGACUAACGAAUAAACAAAUGGUUGGGUUUUUAACAUAUGCAGACAUCCAGUCGAAAACAUGACUUGGUGGCCGCGAGCGCGCGAGAAGGCUGUAUCAGGAUGAGCUGGCGUAUGGGGCGGAGCGCGCGCGCGGAGCGGGCCGCGUGAUGCGCGGCAGCGCGCGCGUAGCCGGCGGCGCGUCGCUCGCGCUCGCGCCCGCCCCGUGCGCGUGAUGCGCGCGGACUGCGCCGCGCUAUACGCGUGGCUCGUCUGUUGCGCUGCAGCUCUCUCUACGCACAAGUAUAGCACGCGCGUGAUCCGCACCAAGUACGGACCACUGCGUGGAAUCGUGGUGCAUUCGCAUCCACAAGUGGAAGCCUACCUUGGCGUUCCUUACGCAACUCCGCCGCUUGGAAGUCUAAGAUACAUGCCGCCGGUGACGCCAUCGCAGUGGCGCACCACGCGCCUGGCCGACGCCGCCGGGCCCGCCUGCCCGCAGCUGCCGCCCGCCGCUGCGCCGCGCGAAGAGGCGCUGCUGCUGCACCCACGCGCGCGCAUCCGACAGCUCGAGCGACUCUUGCCUGUACUCGCGAACCAAAGCGAAGAUUGCCUUUACGUCAACCUCUAUGUGCCUGUAAAUGGUAUAGAAGGGGAGAACGAGGGUGGAGGUCUGCCGUGUCUCGUGUUUGUGCACGGCGAGUCUUACGAGUGGAGUUCCGGCAACGCGUAUGACGGCACGCCGCUCGCGGCGCACGGUGGCAUCAUUGUAGUUACUAUCAACUUUAGAUUAGGUGUACUGGGUUUUUUAAAGACUGGUGCUAGAGGAUCAGCACAGGGUAAUUUCGGACUAAUGGACCUCGUGGCAGGGUUGCAUUGGUUGCGGGAAAACCUUCCUGCCUUUGGAGGGAACCCCGAAAAGGUUACACUAAUGGGACAUGGCACUGGAGCAGCACUCGCCAACUUUCUUGCAGUUUCGCCGGUUGCCAGAGAACUACUGAGGCGCGUCAUCUUAUUAAGCGGGUCGGGACUCAGCUCUUGGGCGUUGCAGAGAGAACCGCUCACGAUAAAAAGAAAGGUUGCGGAGCAGACAGGGUGCCACGGGGAUUUGCUGGAAGACGACCUGGCACCGUGCCUGCGCAACAAGCCCCUUACGGAGUUACUUGCGAUUCGGCUUGAUCCACCACGCUUCCUGCCCGGAUUUGCCCCAUUUGUCGAUGGCACGGUUAUCGUAAAUCCAUCUUCCGCUCCCCCUCCUACAGACAACUCCAGAUUAGGAGCGGGUGCGGCAGCAGUCGCCACGGCUGCCGGUCACGAACUUGCAGACUUCCCUCAUAGAGAACUUCUGUUUGGACUUACCACUACAGAAUCUUACUUGGAAUUCAAUGCUCAAGACUUGGAGUUCGGGUUCAACGAGAGUCGGCGAGACCGCAUUCUGCGCACCUUCGUCCGCAACGCCUACUAUUACCACCUCAAUGAGAUUUAUUCCACCCUAAAGAAUGAGUACACGGACUGGGACAAACCUGUGCAGAAUCCGCUUAGUGUGCGCGACGCUACGCUCGAGGUGUUAAGUGACGGGCGAACCGCAGCUCCUUUGAUAAGGCUGGGCUAUCUCCACGCGUUACGCGGUGGUACGACUUACUUCACUCAUUUCCAUCAUCUUUCGCUCGACAAAGACUAUCCACAGCGGCCGGGCUCCGUCCAUGGUGAGGAUCUACCCUACUAUCUCGGUGUUCCUCUAGCCCUGUCCCAUCACCAGCAGAACUUUACACAGCAAGAGCAACGGGUAGCUAAACUAUGUGUGCACUACCUCGCAAAUUUCGUCAAAUAUGGCAAUCCGAACGAUCCGUCAGCAACGCCGCCGCCCAGCACCGUGAUGGGAGAGUCUCCCCCCCUCGCUCCCGAUCAGACGGCCUACUGGGACACGUACGACACUAUCAACCAACUUUAUAUGGAAAUUAGUAGCAAAUCCGAGAUGAGGAGUCACUACCGCGGUCACAAAAUGUCGUUGUGGCUCUCCCUCAUCCCGCAGCUGCAUCGUCCUGGCUCUGACUUGCCCGACGCUGCCAUGCGGCAUCACCACUUCCAAGACGAUAACGCCAAUUAUUAUGAAGGUGCAGUGAGAACUCAGUCACUAUCACGUGCUCACGUGCCACACGUAGUGAACAUUGAUAUUGGAAGUGCACGCGGCGAUGGGAGAAGCACACAACCACCGCGCGCUGCGCCUCCGAAGCCAUCACCAGCUCCCCCAGCAUCUACAGAAUGCCCUCCAAAUGCUACAUCCACACCAAUGCAGCCUGAUGAUGCUCUUCUUCGAAGGCUUGCUUCAUCGCACUAUCAAUCAUACACUGCAGCUCUGACGGUUACCAUAGCUGUUGGUUGCUUCCUUCUCCUACUUAACGUUCUUAUUUUUGCAGGCAUUUAUCAUCAAAGAGGCUCCCGGCCUCGGCGGUGCAAGGACGACCUAGCUGAGGCCGGGAGCUCAUCGUCAUCCGAUAAUUAUGAUGGAAAAUUAGAUUACGAAGUUCGCGCAUUUGAUGGUAAAGGUUUCGGUUUUGAGUGUAAAUCCGCACACGUCCCUCGAGGUUCUGGUUCCAAAUUUGAUUUACGGACGUUAUCGGACUGUGGGGAACCUACUUUUGGAGAGUACAGCUGUUAUGACGAGAAACAUCGUGCGGCUCGUAGUUCGUUGCCUGAUGUAAGCGUAGGUAGCGCAAUAGAGGCAGGAAGUGUUGUUUGUAUCGAUACUCAGAAGCCAGAUAUACAAAAAGUGGAAGGACGAAGUCCAGAAGCUAUAGGAAGGACUAGCACUUUUGAACCACGUGUUGUAGAUAGUUCUACUCAGGUUAAAUUCGGACCCCUAGCAGAUUCUUCUGAUAACUCUGAAACGAAUGGUGAUUCUGAAUCCGGCGCCGCUGGAGGCUCAGGUAUUUUAAGAAAUCCUCCAGCGGCAACUACUCCAGUACCACCGGGGAUAAUGAAGAAAAGAGUACAGAUACAAGAAAUAUCUGUAUGAGAGUUAGAGAAAUUGGACACUGCUGUAAUUGUAGUGAACACUCGGACAAAGUUGUGAUUUAUAGAGUUUUCUUGUAAAUAUACACUAAUAAUAUUGUAUUCCCAGCCAAAUGUGUUAAUGACCUUGUAAAUAAUGUAUAUUAGUGAUGUAAGAUAAUGUCCGAUAAGGAAUAAUGCGUGCAAACUCACUGUAAAUAUAAUGUACGUACUCGUAUAUAAACACUUCAAAUCCCUAUCUCCUACCAUUUGGUUUAGUAUCUAUUGUUAUUGAUGAAACAGAAAUAUUAAACGGAUAUAAGCUUAAAAAGCGAAGCACAAUAUUCUUUAAGACGGUACGAACGAAAAGAUUUUUCUCUUAUCUCCGUUUCAUAUUUCUGUAUUAAAUAAAAAGUUAAAAAAGAUUGUAGAUUAUUGUGGGCCUAUUCGUACACUUAAUAAAUGUGAAUAUAACAAUAAUAUAGUGCGAAAAGACUAAACAUCUAGGUGUAUCAUAAUUUUAUCAAAGGAGAAGUGUUUCAGAAUUUGUAGGAUAAAAUAUUUAUAUUGCGUAUGUUGUAAUUUUUUGUAAAGUUAUUUUAAUUGAGACGUAUUAAUUUUAAGUAGUUUUUGAUAAGUAAAUAUUGAACACUAAUAUAUUAAUCAAUAUGACAAAUGGACGAGUACAUAAUAAUAAAGUUGUUAUCAUGUUUUCUUAGUAAAUUUUUCAGAUUUAGUAUAUUUUGUUUUCAAGAGGUUAACAGGGUACUAAAAAUUAUACCAAUAUUCAUUGAUAUGCAUUUCUUUAAGAGAUGUAUAAGUAAAAAUGUCCACUUAAAGACAUUCAACUUCUUACCUAAAUACCUACCUCUCCCCUGUUUAACUGACUUUAUAGUUACUUGUAAAAAAAAUACAUUUUAGUAUCCAGUUUCAUUAUAUAUUAUACCUAACAGGAAGUUUUAAGUCGAGAUACUUUUAGAGUGCGAAAAAAUGUAAGUAACUAAAAUAAAAGAACCAAAGCACAGUACUCGUCCAGAAUUUUAUCUUCCCAGGAAUUGAUGAUUUAAGUAAUGAUGAGUGAUUUAGUAAGUAAAUAUGCGUCAUUAUCCACAUUGUGACAAAAUGUGAUUUGUUAUAUAAUUAACUACUUUGUUUGUAAAUUUCUUAAACCAGCCGCUAUACUGAAAUUAUACUUUACUAAACAAUUGUUCAUAAGUCAAUGCGUAUGUAAGAUACAAUUUUUAGGAUAUCAGAGUAUUUAAAUAAAAUAAUAAAUACCCGUUUGCACUUAUUUUAGACAUGUACCCAAUGUGAUAUACUUGCAAUAUUUUUAUUACGAGUUUUUACAACUUGUACGUCAUAAUCGUCAUAAUACGUCAUAAUAUAUACGUCAAAAUCUUUUUAAGCAUCGAGAAACUUUCGUGCAUAAUUUUCGUUUUACCUCUCCGUCACUCGCUUCAUACAAUCGUAGUUCCAAUUUCAUUUGAAUAGUCCAUGAAAUUUUGCAGACAUAUUCUAGAAACUAAUAUGUGUCUGUGGUGUUUAACGUUUUACGUUUGUAUGAAGCAAGUGACGGAGAGACCCCUCUUAAUCAUCAAGCAAUGCGUGUGAGUUUACCUAAAUUGUGUCCUACAUACGCAUGUUAUCUAAAAUUGUAUAGGCAUAAAUGUGUUAUUGUUUAUAUUCUGGGCGAAAAAAACUUUAUAUACUUACCUAAAGACGUAUACAAUAUUAAUUAUGCAUACCAAAUUGUUGUCAAACAUUUAAUAUUAUCACUGUUAUCAUAAUUACGGAAUUGACUAACUUACUUUGAUGCGCAAGUGUUGUAAUGCGCACUAACGUAUUAAAUUAUUGUUUUUCUCUUUGUAAAUUACAGAUUUUAUUAAAGUAAUUUUGUAAAAAAAAACCGACGCGCUAAUUUUUAUCUUUGAUAUAACGUAUACCUAUAGAUUUUUUUUGUUGUUAUUCAAUAUUCAAUUUAAUUAAGUACAUGGCGUUAGCAUUGUGGUUGAAGGUAACUACUUAGUACUUUUAGUUGCAUAUUUUUAUAACCGAUUUUCCUUGAACGAUUUUGAAGACUGGGGCCAACGGAAAGCGUUCAAUCUCCAUAAUCAUCGUAUUUAUCAUCUAUCUCUAUGAGUUACCGAAUAACAACUAACUAUAUAUAUUACGUAAUAUACGUUAUAUCAAAGCAAAACUUUCUUUAAGGAAUUGUAUUAUCUUGCUUAAAAGUUUACAAAAAUGUGCCGUAAGACAAUUGUUUUUUUUUAAAUGAUAGGUCUGCUUAGUACAUUUCUUAUUAAUUGCUGAUUUUUAUCAAAACUUUUGAAAAUGACAUAAAUUUGCAAUUUUUUACUUAUUUAAAACUGUUGACUAACUGCAUUAAACCAUUUUUUUCCACACAUAAAAAUAUAUAUUAAUUGUAGGGCUCCGUAGGAAAAUAAGAAACCGUCAUAGUUUUGUCCAGUCCUUCUAUUCAGUCAGUCAGUGUGGCACAGCCAUUUUCAAAUUAAACUUUAUGAGCCUCAAAAUUUAAAAGUUAUAGAAAUACCGCUACACAGAGGCAUCACGACCAAACGUGGUACUUACAUUCACUUGACGCACGAUCCAAAAGUACUUGUUAAAGUUUACCCUUUCGAAUGAUAAUAUUAUUUUGUUGAAUAAGUCAUCUUAAAAUAAUGAUUAUCAGGUUUCUUCGAGAAUUUUAGAGAUGAACUUUCGUUUACGAAUCGUCAAAGUUUGUAGCAACGAAAAUGACUACGGAACCCUACCAAAUGCAUCUUCAAAACUCUGAGAUGCAUUAUUUAAUUAUUAUGAUGACACAGUAUGUAACAAUUAUUUUUUAAUGAGAUUUGAAGUACUCUUGUACAGAAUGGUGUGGUGUUCAUAAAUGUAUUUUAUAAUUAAAUAAAAAAGAACAUUGUGUUUGUCAUUUGUUUUGAAAAAACAGUUAAAAUAAAAUAUAAUGUGUUAAAACUCAACAUUUUGUUACAAUUUGGUGUACAUUUGGAGUGCGUAUAACAUGGUGUCGAAUAAAUAUUAUGUGAAACUUG